AUGAGAAUACUAUUAGCGUGUAUGUUGAUGGUAUCUAUGGCCGAGCAAAAAGAGUAUAAAGUGAUUGGAUACUUCUCUGCUUGGGCUCAAUACCGUAAUGGCCAAUUGGGUAAAUCGAAUUUCCAGUUCCUUCCAAAACAUAUAGAUCCAACGCAAUACGACGUAUUAAAUUAUGCGUUCGUAGGAAUCGAUAAAAAUCAACAAAUCACUUUUCUCGACGAAAAUGACGGAACGACAAUUCCUCAAGUUAUCAAUCUGAAGUCUCAAAAUUCAAAACUAAAAAUCUUUGCGUCAAUUGGAGGGUGGGACUUUUCAAGUGAAAAGGCGACACGUGGCAUCUUCUCAAAGUUGUCAAAAUCUCGGGAGGAACGAGCGGCAUUUAUCAGGAACGCCGUUUCGUUCUGUCGGCGCUAUAACUUCGAUGGAAUUGAUAUUGACUGGGAAUACCCAGGCGAUGAAGACAAUGAAGGUUCCAAAGAAGACGUCAACAACUUUGCGGCUCUGAUGAAGGAGUUUUAUGAAUACAAAAUCAGUGAAGCCCAAAGCAGCGGAAAGGCCGAAAUAUUGUUAUCUGCUGCGACGUCCUCGUCGAAGGAAUUUUAUGGGAAUUACAAGCUGAGUGAGACGAGUAAAUACGUUGAUUGGUUCAACGUGAUGACUUACGAUUACCACGACUCGGACGAUGACCGUGUUAAUUCGCACACUCCGUUAAAAUCGCUCAACAGCGGUUCUGAGUCGAUUGAGACCACAAUUAACGAUUAUGUCUCACAAGGAGUUCCCCUUGAAAAGAUAAUACUUGGCAUUGCAUUAUAUGGGCGGGGGUGGAGUUUAGAGACAAUUGUUAAUCACAAUAUUGGUGAUAAAGCAAUAGGACCAAGUAAACCAGGCGCUUAUACACAAGAAGAGGGACUGAUGGCAAACAUCGAAAUCGAAACGAGAACAGUUAACGAGAGAUAUGACCUGACGGCGGUGUGCAAGUAUGGGUGGUACAGUAAUCAGUGGUUUUCAUUUGACGACGAAAUCACAAUUAAACUGAAGGCUAAAUACGCCAAGGAAAGGCAACUUGGUGGGGUUAUGUUUUGGGCAAUUGACUUGGACCCAGAGAUGAGGUAUAUCAAGCCUGUGAUCGAUGAGUUGAAAAACUAA